AUACAAUUUAACCUUAAUCUUACAAUUUAACUGUUUGAGUUUAGGCCUAUAAUAGGAAAAUUGUUGUGAUAUAAAUUUAGUAUAAUGUGUGAAAAUUCAGAAGAAGAAAUAUUGGAAAUGCUAAAUAGCAUCUUUACAAAAUGUGAUAUCGAUGGUAACGGAUUUGUAGACAUAAACACACUUAUACAUUUCCUCACUUGUCAAGAUUCUACAUGGCAAAAAGAUAAAACCAUUGAAGAGGAAUUCCGCAAAGUUCUGUGUUGCAAUGGAUUAAACCAAAGAAUCUCCAAAGAUCAUUUUAUCACAUCAUUGCUAGGCUGUAUUAAAUUAAAAACCCAAUCAUUUGAAGAAAACCACUACAAUGAGAAUCCUAAUCAGGAAGUUUCUGCAGAACAAUCUCCAGAAAUUGUGUUUGCCAGUGUGACAAACAAUAUCAUCAAUUCUGAAGUUUGCUUUGUUGCAGAUGGUCAAACUUUGACUAAUGAGGAUGUAGCAGAAGAGAUAUCAGUGUCUGACUGCGAGAGUUCCCCUGUAAAUAAACAGUUUCUGAAAUCCUUACAGAAUGAAAUACUUGCAGUACAGCGGAAAAAUGAAUACUUGGAGGGUAUUAAUAAUUCUCUUGUAAGUCAGAUUUCAUCCUUGGAAGAUGUAAUCAUGAAGAACGAAAAGGAAUCUGCCUCUUAUUCACAUAAGUUGUUGGUCAGCCAACAGCUUUUGGAAAUGCAGAAACAAAAACAAGAAGAGAUUGAAGAAAAACUUUCUCUAUUUGUUGACAACAACAAAUCAGUCACCAUCCAGCUGUCUCAUGCUGAGAGAGAAAAUUCAAAGCUGAAAGAGUUGCUAUUAAACCUGGAAAAGCAGGCUGAUUUAAAAUUAUCUGAAAAGUUGUUUCAAGACACAAAACUCAAGGACAUCAAAGAGAAGUACAAUAUAUUAAAUGAUUUAUUCUCAAAGUCUCAAGAAGAGUUGGAAAGUUUGAAAAUGAAAGAUAAAACAGGGGAAGAGAUGUAUGAGCAACUGGUAGAACAGAAUACAAACCUUAGGUUGCAGUUGGAUUCAAGUGAUUGUCUUGUUCAGGACCUGAAAUCUCAGUUAGCUGCUACUUGCAAAGAAUUAUCUAAUUUACAUAACAAGAAAAUCAAAGCUAAGACACAAACCUCUACACCCUCUGAUAACCAAAGUGCUGACAAUUCAAUGAUUUUUUUAGAUGAAAAUUUUACUCUUGAUAGUACAAUACCGUUUGAGAGAUCACUUCUGGCUGAGUUACAAGACAAGGUAAUGUUACGGUAAAUUAUGGAAUAAUUUUACAAGACCAAUUAAGGAAUGUGAUGAAAUAUACGAGUAUUACUUAA